GACCGCCCCUCCCAGCCUGGCCCUCCGCACCUCCCCUUGCCGGUGGCACCUCUCCAGGAAGCCCUCCUGGAGUGCCGGGACCACCAGCCACCGCCUCCCACCUUGCCGUUACCUGGGGGUUCGGGGCGGUGCCUCAGAGCUGGUGGCUCGCAGGCGGGUGCUGCAGACAGGAAGAGUCUCAGCCAGCUGUGAGCGGGGGCCCUGCUUCUCCCUCGGCGCUGGUCUGCGGGGGGGCAGGGUGGCGGCAAGCAUGGCCCCAGAGCUCCCUCUGCUCCCGCUGCGCCUCUCUUAUGCCUGUACCCUGCUCGGGGCUCUGGCCACCCAAGAGGUGCGGCAGCUCCCCCCCUACACAAUUGCCUCAGAGGGGGGCUCCAUCAACAUCACCUGCUCCACAAGCGGGCCCCUGGCCGGGGUCUACCUGAAGCAAAGGUGGCCAAAGUCCACCAGCGUGAUUUACUAUGAAGACAAGAAGCAGCCCACGGUAGACGAGAGCUUCCGAGGUCGUGUCGCCUUCUCCGGGCUGCAGCACAACCUGACCAUCACCCUGAGCCGUCUGCAGCUAGCUGACGCUGGGGCCUACGUCUGCCAGGCGGUCAUGGAUGACGAGGCCUGGGGCCCUGGCACCCUGGUGCUGGUGACAGACAAAGUGUCCCAGGAAGCAGACACGUGCCAGAAGUCUCAGCUGACCUCGGCCUUCCCUGUGGUCCUGGCUGUGAGCUGCUUCUUCUUCGGGCUGGCGAUAGGGGCAGCGUGUGUGCUGAGGAAGACACAGGUCAAGAAACUGUGCUGCACAGAGGACAAGAACUCAGCAUGUGUGGUGUACGAGGACAUGUCCUAUGGAGGCCAAAACAGGAUGUGCACCCCCAAUGAGUACCAGUGAGCCCAGCAGGCCCCUCUCCAAGCCUCCCUCUGCCCAGGCACAGCUCACAGAAAACCACCUGACCCACCAAGGUCACACCAGCGUCCUGGCGUCCGGGGCCUCCUCUAGGAAGCCUUCCUUGCCUACCUCCUGCCUGCCACGCUGCCCUGCCCGGCUGGUUCUGGAACCCUGGGCCCACCAGGGAGGAAGCCUGUGUCCUGCUGCUGGCUGCCCUUCCCCCACACGGCGGGAAGAGCUUCUCUUUGGGUGCAGAGGGCCAAGAGGGAGGGGAAGUCCAGUCCCAACCCCAACUCAGGCUUGCCGGAAAUAAAGCUUCUCUUCUCCC